GAUGAUGUGGAUGUUGUGGGGAGGUUUGAAGGAUCAAAAUCUUUGAUUUACAUUUACUUCCAACUUGCUGAGCCACAUUACUAAGUGACCAACAUUACCUAAGGCAACUAACGCAUUAGGAGGUACCUACCUCCAGCUCUCUAUACGGUUCGUGGCUGAUAGGAUUCCCUAAACAAACGCCCCCCUUUUAAGCAACGCGGCACCUUUUAAUUACUUACUACUUUCGUUGCAGACUCCAACUUUCAGGCCACACUUUAUACAACACACUCGCUGUUAAGUAAAGGCGUGCUAAAGUAGUUUACGGAUGGCCACGCGCCGCGCUACCGAGUAGACUUUUACAAGAAUACACUUGUCGCGUGGUCGUUAGCUAUCUAAAAAUGGAACAAGAUGAAGACAUCAGCGCUGACGUCGGGAGGAGCCACGACGAUCGUCGCCAGAGCCCCUAAGAGGAACGACGACCGCGUCAUUCUGCACUUUGAUUACGAUUGCUUCUACGCCAGCGUGCUCGAGAAUGCAAACCCGGGCCUCAAGGGGCAGCCGCUGGGCGUCAAGCAGAAGAGCAUUCUGGCGACGUGCAACUACACCGCCCGCGCCCGCGGCGUCAGGAAGCUGAUGCCCAUCUCGGACGCCCUCAAGAUCUGCCCGGGUCUCGUGGUCCUGAGCGGCGAGGAUCUGACGCCGUUCCGCGACGCCUCUAAGAGGCUGUGGUCCUUUCUAAGGAGCCACUCCUGGAGUGACCGUGUCGAGCGCCUGGGUCUCGACGAGGUCUUCCUCGACGUCUCCGACGUCAUCGCGUAUAACCAGGAGUUGCUGAACCGCAAUGCCCUGCGAGAUUCCUUCUUCCAGCUCUCGCGGCACGACCCCGAGAAGGGAUUUGGUUUCGAUGCCACGCGGUUCUGUGGGUGCGUGCAGCCAGCGAUAGACCCGAAGGAUUUGGUGCUCCUUCUGGAUAAUCCGCUUUGCGUCCGCCUGCUGCUCGCGUCCCACUUAGCGGGUUACUUGCGCCUUAAGCUAGAGGAAGAUUUUGGGUAUACUUCCAGCGGGGGCAUCGCAAUUAACAAGACCCUAGCGAAACUCGCCGGCAGCGUGAACAAGCCGCAGAACCAAACCACAUUGCUUAGUUUACGCGAUGACGAUGUGCGGGACUUCAUGGACGGCCACAAGCUGCGCCAGAUCCCAGGAAUUGGCUCUCGCACCGCGCAGCUGAUUCAGGACCAUGUCUUAUCCAUCAAGACAGAACCGGACCCGCGCGACCUAGAAAUCGGCGCAAAGGUAACCGUGCGCGAAGUACGCCAGUGCCCAUCCAUGUCGGCCGACCUCCUCGAGCGGAUCCUCGAGCGCCCCGGCGCAGAGCGCGGCGGCGGGGAAAAAAUAUGGAAUCUUCUCCACGGCGUCGACGCCUCCGAGGUCAAAGAGGCAAGCGACGUACCCACUCAAAUUAGUAUCGAGGAUACGUACAUGGCGCGCCCGCUGAACACGCCCGUCGAGCUGAUGAGGGAACUUCGUGCUCUCGCCACGUCUCUCGUCCGACGCAUGCGCGUGGAUCUCGCCGAAGCAGCUGAUCCCGACCCCCUGGAUCCUGCUUCGCAACAAGGUGAACAGCAGCAGCAACAACAGCAGCUCCGCUGGAUCGCUUACCCCAAAACCCUCCGCCUAUCCACAGUUCUGCGUCCCAAGCCUAACAACAACAGCAACAACACUACUUCUCCAACCCCCACGCCAGAGACCCUCACCCGACACUCCCGCAGCCAGCCGCUGCCGAGCUUCGCGCUGUCCCUCAGAGACGCGAGCGUCGAGGCCGUCGCCUCGCGGCUCGCGUCCGAGGCCCUGCUCCCGCUGUUCCGGCGACUGCACCCCGAGCGGCAGGGGUGGGGCCUGGUCCUCGUCAACGUGUGCGUGGCGAACAUGGUCGCGGUCGCUAGGGCCGGCGCGGCAGCGGCGGCGGGGAGCGGCAAGGGCGCGCGGGAUAUCGGGCGCAUGUUCCGCACGCAGGGGGACAAGCUGCGCGAGUGGACCGUGUACGAUCGUACGCCCGUGGCAGCAGCAGCAGCAGGAGCAGCAGGAACAGCAGCGUCAGGCUUCGAUACUACUGCUGCUGCUACUACCACUACUACGGCUUGUUCUUCUUCCUCUUCCUCUGCUGCGUGUGUAGCUGGUACCGAUGAACACGUCAUUGGAAUCGAAGAGAUAAAGAAUGAUAAUGAUAAUGAGAAAGUGGUAGAGACCAUAGAAGAACUAGUUGGGGAGGUAAUAGAAGCAACCGACCCGGUAGACAUCUCGAUGGAUGCGAACGGGGACGCGGAGGCUUGGGAGGAAGAGGAAGAAGAAGACGGGGACGAGUCCCUGCGGUGUCAUCUCUGCGGACAUAUCAUCCCGCUCUUUGCAAUAUCCGCUCACGAGAGGUUCCACAGCAUUGACGACUGACGUAUGCUGGUUGAUCUCCAGCGUCUUGUUGCUCAUCUA